AUGUCGACCACGACCAUUCCCUCCACGAUGAAGGGUCCAUGUGCUCAUUGCAGCGCUACAGCCCAUAUGAAAUGCACUGGAUGUUCUUCUCCGCUCGGCGAGGAGGCCGUUGCAAUCAUCUAUUAUUGCGACAGAAAAUGUCAAGCGGAGCACUGGAAACUUCACAAGUCUGCUUGCAAGGCUCAUCAGACCAAGAACCUGUUAUAUCGUGCUGGCGAGGCGCUUCAGGGAAUCUUCUACGCUUUUCGCCAAGAGAUGUUUAAUAACAAGAUUGUGAAAGUUGAGCAUAAGGAUGGGAAACUUUAUCUGGUUGAAGGCCGAUAUCCAGAUAUGAGAACCAAUUUGGAUGUGCUUCAUGAGUUUCCUUUCGAAUUGCUCCCCAGUAAAGAAGACAGGCACGCUGUACUUGCCCAUAUGGCUUGUCACGAUGCUGUUGCGUGGAUGCAAGAGUUGACAGAGAUUUUCCUCGAGGGGACCGCCCAGAAUAUUGAGGAACUGAACGUUGAGGCAAAGAACCCAAAGAGAGAAGUUCUGAUAGUUGGCCAAGGUGGUGAGCAAGAUCAUGCCCACUAUGUGCACUCCAUAUUCAAGAUCACCCUCCGAAACCGUGGAGGUGUGUACUGUCUGGAUCUCUCGGGUGCUCAAUUUGGCUACUACAACCCUGUUACGCCUUGGUCUGAGUACUUUGUCAAUCGGAUCUCCUCAGUAACGAGUUGUAAUCCUUCUGGGGCCGGUAAGGCUAUGUUGUUAGGAAGAGAGAAGGAUAAUAGUCUUCUUGAUUUCCUUUACCAGGUACUCGAGGGCUGUUCUCGCAGGACACUAAUUGCGAUGGAAGCAUGGGAAUCGAAGUUCAUGCCAUUAUCAAUAUUUCUGAGAUUGCCUCAAGGCCAGUUUGAAAAGGAAAAGCGCAUGAUGUGUUACGUUUUCCGUUUUCACUACUUCGAAUUUCGAGAGAACAUCGAGGAGCAGAUAAUAAAAGCCGUCGAGAACCCUGGUGUCCAUCCUGUGAUCUCGUUCAUCCCGGGAAAUUGA